AUGUCUUCGCGUAGUGGUCGCACGCCCUCAGGACCAUGGGGUCGACUAAAACCUGUGAAUGGGGAUCCUCUCGAGGAAAUCGGCCUACCAUCGAAGGGCGACAAUAGGCAAAUUGUCGAGCGAUAUAUGGCAUUCUGCUCCGAAGCAGGACGAGGCGAUGAACUUCGACGGCGGAUGGCACGUAUGGGCAUAUCCCACGAGAGCAGCGCCGAGAACCAGCGACCGAAGACAGCUCCUGCUACCCCCACAAUAUCAAUGAAUACAAUGGCCGACAACGCAGACGUCUCAGGGCAGAAAGAUCUCUCGGUCUUGAUAAUGGCAAUGCGGAAGCUUCGGGAGGGGAUCGUGGCUUCAAAGAGGGUGGACGACUUCUCGAUACAGGCGUAUAUAUUCUGCAUCAGGCUCUCGAUACUGGUCAAACAUAUGGAAUCCUACCAUCCCGCCAUACUACAUCUCCUCAAGAGAAUGCACACGGUGCAGCCUCUCACUAGCACGGAAGUGCAGGAGUUUGUGGGGUAUUGGGUUUUGGACCUUGCUUGCAGGCAGAACGAGUUGUCACAGGCGUAUCUGGUACGGCGUGAACACCGUCUACGCGACCCGAAGGUGGACGCUCUUCUACGAGCACUUACGCACGACAAUUAUUAUCUGUUCUGGAGGGUGAAGAGGAGUGUGGAUGGACACAAGGCUAAGCUUAUGGAGUUCGCUGAGGAUAUGAUGAAGAGGCAGGCGUUGAAGUGUCUGGGUCGAAGCUACCUCAGCAUUGAUCUAAGUUCUGUGGAACUGUAUACGAAUACCCCGUGGCCGUUGCUAGCUAAGGAAUAUGGUGUCGGGUGGCAAUUGGAAGGCACCAAGGUCAUUAUUCGGAAGCCAAAGACCAAAUGA